AUGCUACUAACCCUAACCUCCGUACUUGAUAGUGCCAGUACUAGUGUUGGAAAAAGGAUGCAUCGGAGUAGCAUGGAGAUGGACUCGUUUUUUGGGAAAAUUUCUAAGUACAGCGGGAGUGUCCCUUCCAGGAAAAGGAAGAGAAAUUUUGGUUUUCCUUUGAAUCGACGAAGCGAGAGUUAUGAAGACUGUAUCGUUUGCUUUGAUGGAGACGACUUUGAACUGUGCGAUCGCAUGGGAUGUCCCAAUCCUUACCACCCAUCAUGUGUUAAACGUGAGAAAGUCUUGGUUCAAGCCAAGGAAAACUUGAAUUCUGGUACCGGGGAAGAUAAAAUAAGUGCUCUACCUGAUUCACUUCUUUAUUAUAUUCUUUCCUUUGUUUCGAUUAAAGAUGCAGCCACCACAAGUAUCCUCUCAAAGAGGUGGAGACCACUUUGGCUCUCACAACUCUUCCUCAACUUGGAUGACGAACCAUUUCCAGACUCACCGACAUUUUGCAAUUUUGUAUACUCACUCAUGGCCAUGCGAGAUAUCACUCUACCCAUCCUCUCUUUCCAUCUUCAAUGUUGGAACGACUACGAUUGCAGGGAUAUCUACAAUUUUCUUUAUAUAGCAAUUCAAAGAGGAGUUGAGAACCUCAACAUUGACUUCUCUCACUCACUUUUCUCCCAGAUGACGCUGCCAUCUUUCGUUUUUAGUAGCAAAACAUUGUCAAUCCUUAAAUUGAAACAGAUAACCUUAAAUGAAGUUCCAUUCGUUAAUCUUCCAUCGCUCAAAGCCCUUUACUUGGACGUUGUCACUUUCACAUAUUAUGAACUUAUUUUGAAGCUUUUAUCAGGAUGUCCCAUUCUACAAUAUUUGGGAACAAAUAAUUUAGUAGUAGAGUUACCUUAUUCAGAGAGACCAGUUAUAAGUUUGUCCAAUUUGAUCAGAGCAAAUAUUUGUGACAUUCAUAUUGAGUUUGAUUGGCUUCAAAACGUAGAGCGUCUGCGUGCAACCGUGCUCAUGGAGAAGCUUCCCUAUACAUUUCAACGCAUUGCCAUGUUUCACAAUUUAACAUACAUGGAGCUUAUCAUCAAUUAUCAACAUUUUCCAAGGGCAUGGAUGUUUAAUGGUAUGAUCAAGUUGCUUGAAUAUUGUCCCAAACUUCAAAGUCUUAUCAUUGAAGAGUUGAAUAAUCUUGUGAGUUAUUUACAGCAGCAAGUGUUUCAAUUAUCGUCUCAUUUAGCUAUCAAUUUGUGA